AUGGCGCUCCUACUAACAUGUCUCACGGCUCUUUUUGUUACCAUGACCCCGGAAAAGGCUCUUCAGAGUGCUCCUUUCCACAGAUACUCCACAACAGAGAUUGCGUACACUAGUUGCAGCACACACGUACGUUCUAUUAACUUUUGUGAUCUUGAUGAGAUGUAUACGCCAGAGAACGAUUUUUGCAUAUGUACCAACAUAAACGCUUUGGCAACCAUAUCUCACUGUUACUUCACAGCAUACCCUGAGUUUGCCGACUCAUUUGUGGAGAAGUGUAAUACGCAAAUGAGGGUCAAUCUCACGCGAGAGCAGUUUGACGAGGCUCACUUGCUAUACGAGAGGGAGGCACAAGGUGAAUCGGUUGGGGACUCCAAGGCUCCUCAAAACAUCAAUCAUCCCGUGAAGCUUGAAGACCGGGUGAUCUUCAAGUUCAAGGAAUCCUACGACCAGUUCUUGGGCAAUUACAAUCGUUCCAUCACUUUUGGGUUUUACUUGGUGGGGUUCUGGGCUGUCUUCUUUGUCAUCAUUGGUCUUGCAAACUGGCUGAAGAUCUGGUUUCCAAGACUCAGUCAAAAAGCCAACUCUCCUGCAAUCAACUGGAUCAGAAAGAAGAUCACUCUUCCUGCCACGUUCAGUAGAUACAAGACAAACGAGAAGCGAUUCCUCAAGGUCCUUGAUUUUCUUUCACCAACAAGACUAGAGACGAUCACGCUAGUCGCUUUUACAGUCUUGACAACCUAUUUAUUUUUUGCUGAGAUCAAAUAUGUCGAGAAUGACCCGAUCUUCAAGAGGAAGGACCGUGCACUUGGUCGAUACUACGCCGUGAGGUCGGGUAUUCUAGCAAGCUAUUUAUUCCCCUUCUCCAUAUUGUUCGCUGGUCGCAAUAACAUUCUUCAGUGGCUCACCCGCUGGGAAUACGCCGCUUUCGUCACGUUGCACCGGUGGAUAUCCAGAAUCAUGAUGGUCCUAUUGAUCAUCCACGCCGUUGCUUACUCCUAUGUGAUCAGGGAGAAGCCAAACUUUAAGAUUGAGCCAUACUUGAUUUGGGGAGCCGCAGCAUACACAUGCGGUAUUGGUAUUUUGGUUCAAGGCCUCUUGGUGUUGAGGCGUAGGUGGUACGAAACUUUCCUCCUUCUUCACAUUGUCUUGGCUUUUGUGUUUGCACUUGGUGCAUGGUUCCAUGUGGAUGAUCUUUACUUCCUUUGGUACUACUACUUCUCCGCAUGGCUUUGGGCAACAGAUCGUAUUAUUAGGAUCCAAAGACUCGCUUAUUUUGGAUUCCCUAUCGCAGAGGUGAAGCUUUACGAAGACGAGACGCUCAAGGUGAGUGUCCCACUUCCAAAGAAUUUCAAUGUGGAGGGCGGUGGCCAUUGUUUUGUUCAUUUUCUUCGGCCUUCGUGUUUCUGGCAGUCUCACCCUUUCACUUAUACCCUUGUGGGAGAUAACAUCAUCUUUUAUGUGAAGGUGAAGACUGGCGUAACUCGUGACUUGGCUACCUGGCUUGAGGAACACCCCGGCAGGUCAGCCAAGAUCAGGGUUGCUGUCGAGGGCUCUUACGGAGAAGCCACCCCAGCUUACAAGCAUGAUACGAGCGUGUUCUUGGCUGGAGGUAAUGGUAUACCAGGAAUUUUAGCAGAGGCUGUUGAGGUGAUUGAGAAACACCCAGAAUUCAGCAAGAGAAGAGUGAAGCUUAUUUGGGUGGUGAGGGAGUACCAGUCGAUUUUGUGGUUUUUUGAGGAACUUGCUUCUUUAAAACAGUUUCCAAUCGAAACGGAAAUCUACGUCACGAGGCCACUGGCCACGCUAACGAAUCCUGAUGACAAGCUGCCACUACUUGAAAAUACAUAUGCUCACUACAGCAUGACAAAUCAUAUAAAGGACCCAAUUGGCAAGCUCAAGGAAGAUUUGGGGCAUAUACGAUUUCACGAAGGGAGACCGGAUGUGGAGAAGAUAGUACAGGAGAAUGUGGACUCUAGUCAGGGUAGCUGCUGCUUCGUGACCUGUGGACAUCCAAUAAUGGUUGAUGAUCUUAGACAUGAGGUGGUUCAGGCCAUCGAUAGCAGCAAAGUACGGGUGGAUUAUUACGAGCAGCUUCAGGUAUGGGCAUAA